AUGGCGGAAGACCUUCUGGCCCCCCGCCAGAUUUGGGCGCAGCCGACUACAACAUCGACCAAGACGUAUGAGUCGGGCUGCACCCCGUUUCUCCUUCCUAGCAACGGGUACAUCCAUGUGAACCGGUCGUAUGUCAUUACUAUCACUGAAAAUGCUGUAUUUGAGCCGAUCUGCACCAGCCAGGCUACCGACAUGGUCCAUGUUUCUGCCGUGCUCGACACGCGUGACCCGUUCUAUUCCUCGAUUACUCCGCAACUAUAUGCCAUCGCUUGUGCAACCGUCGUCAGCUAUCUCCUCGUCAUAAUCCUUCUUAUUACUCCACGUACGUUUUACGUCGGCGGCCCCGGCGGUGGCGCGAAUUUCCUCGGGCGACAUGGCAUGAUCAGUGGUUCGUACAGCGGCAACUCCUCGGUGGUGGGAGUCGGUGGUCGGCCAUGGUUGCAGAAAGUGGCUGCUCUCCUUGUCGCUGUCUCACUCACCAUUGCAACAGCAGACUCUUUUCGAGUGGCCGAGCGACAAUAUGACUAUGGCUACUCGGAUGCUGAAGCUCUAUCGGAAGAGGUGAUUGAUGGUAUAGAGAUUCGCAUCGUGCACGUCAUCUCCAGUACCUUCCUGUGGCUGGCCCAGGUACAGACCUUGAUUCGAUUGUUUCCACGACAUAAAGAAAAAGUCAUGAUCAAAUGGGCGGGCUUCGCUUUGAUCGUGCUGGACACGACUUUCAGCAUUUUGGAAAACUUCUUUUUUAAAAACACCUCAACACACCCGAGGUUGUACGAUGACGCGAUCCCGGCUCUCAGUUACCUUUUCGAACUUGCGCUGAACCUGCUCUAUGCGGCGUGGGUGAUCUUUUACUCUAUAUCAAAGCAUCGCUACGCUUUUUUCCAUCCCAAGAUGCGGAAUAUCUGCCUGGUGGCGCUAUUAUCCCUGUCCGCAAUCUUGAUUCCCGUCGUCUUCUUUGUCUUAGAUAUUGCAAGGCCUGAAAUCGCUGGCUGGGGUACCUACAUUAGAUGGGUCGGAUCAGCUGCCGCAAGCGUUGUGGUGUGGGAAUGGGUAGAGCGGAUCGAAGCCCUCGAACGUGAUGAGACGAAAGAUGGAAUUCUCGGAAGGGAGAUCUUCGACGGUGACGAGAUGCUCGAGGUAACCCCGUCUGAGGAGGUGGAUUGGCCCCGCUACACGACACAUGGGUAUGACAAAGGCGGCGGUAACGGUGCCUCCUCGGGAUGGGGUGGCAUGAUGGGCUUGGCUCAUCGUCCUCUCCGAACUCGUGUGGGUAUUCCCCGUGGGCCCCGGAAUUGGGGCUCUGGAGGCCAGGCCCACGUCCAAAACGUCACAUCAGCACCAAGAGGCCAAAAUAAUCACCGCACUACACCACCUCCGGCCACUGUCACACCGGUCAGUCGCGCCGAUACCACUAGUGCCGCAAGCACCGUGUACAAUGUCCGCUAUCACCCGGUUUCUAGCCCUACGCCUCCCGUUGCCAUGCCACACAUGGAGGAAGAGGAGGAAUUGGAAGAAGUCAAAGAGCUGGAUAUUGAGAGACCGCCAGCAGAUACCGCGCAUCCCCGACUCUCUGCUCAAGAAACCACGCGAUGGCGGUCUCUACUGAACCCAUUCAAACGAAGACGAGCUUCUCUCCCGAGAGAGGUCGCCUCUGCGCAGGCCGGGGACGAGCAAACUCCAGAUGCCCGAGACACCGAUUCGUUCGGGGAUGAACACGAACCGUACGGCUCCCGGUCUAGGGCGGAGCAUUUCUUCUCGCUCGGUCGCACCGGACGACCAGGCUCUGGUCCGCAGGCUGCCGAAGCCCCAUUACCAGUUACUGUCAUCCCGGCCCGACGACGGAAUCAGCAAACGUGGUCGCCUCAGAACGUGCUUCUGGACCCGUCACCGUCUCGCGAACCGCGAAACAGUCGUUCCAAUAAUCGCUCUGAUUUACCAGUGAGAGUGAUCCCCUCCCAACCACAAGCGUCCGCGUCCUGGACCGAUGCAGACGUGCAUAGAGCCGAUAGGAAUUACGUUCUACGCUAUGACCCCGAAACGGCCGCCCUAGUUGACGAGAAUGUGGCUCAUCACUCUGCCGAUGCUCGUGCCGUAGCGGACGACCAGAGCAGCUGGACGGAGACCACUGCUUCGGAUGCGAUAACUGAGGGGCCAUCUUCGCCGCAUGGGUCGCAGGCAGAAGCGAACCCUCGUCCUUCGUAG